AUGGAUCAGUCCAACAAGGAGCACAGAAAGAAAAGCGAGAAGGCUACAGCCAAGAAGAAACUCCACACACAGGGCCACAAUGCUAAGGCAUUUGCCGUGGCAGCGCCAGGCAAAAUGGCGCGAAACAUGCUGCGUUCCAGCGACGUGAAUGAGCGGAAACUGCACGUUCCUAUGGUGGACCGUACCCCAGAGGACGAUCCUCCCCCGGUCAUUGUCGCCGUUGUGGGGCCUCCCGGAACCGGUAAGACUACACUUAUCAAGUCCUUGGUAAGAAGAAUGACCAAAUCAUCGCUCACUGAAAUCAACGGUCCUAUUACCGUGGUGUCGGGUAAAAGAAGAAGGCUCACAUUUAUCGAGUGUCCGGCUGACGAUCUCAACUCCAUGAUCGACGUGGCGAAAGUCGCCGACUUGGUUCUGCUAAUGAUGGACGGGAAUUUCGGGUUCGAAAUGGAGACCAUGGAAUUUCUGAACUUGGCUCAGCAUCAUGGUAUGCCUCGUGUUUUGGGUGUGGCCACCCAUCUUGAUCUUUUCAAGUCUCAAUCAACCCUAAGGGCUUCCAAGAAAAGAUUAAAGCACAGAUUCUGGACCGAAGUUUAUCAAGGUGCCAAGCUUUUCUAUCUUUCCGGUGUUAUCAACGGCCGUUAUCCCGACCGAGAAAUUUUGAACCUGUCGCGAUUCAUCUCCGUUAUGAAAUUCAGACCGUUAAAGUGGAGAAACGAACAUCCAUAUUUGAUGGCCGAUCGUAUAACCGAUAUUACCCACCCUGAACUUUUGGAGACCCAAGGUAAACAAAUUGACAGAAAAGUAGCCCUUUAUGGUUACCUGCAUGGUACAGCCCUGACAUCAGUAGCUGGAGCUCGGGUGCAUCUGGCAGGUAUUGGUGAUUACUCAAUAUCACAUGUAGAAAAGCUACCAGAUCCAUGUCCUACUCCGUAUUUUCAACAAAAGCAAGAAGAGUACGAAAGGGAAAGAAUGAAGGAGGAGGGAGUAGCUGGCACGGGAGCCCCUCGCAGACGUAAGAGACUCGACGAUAAACAGAAACUCAUUUACGCACCAAUGUCGGAUGUUGGUGGUGUACUUAUGGACAAAGAUGCCGUUUUUAUCGAUGUGGGCACUAAAAAUGGUGAGGGUGCUAGUUUUGUACCAGGUGAAGAAAAAGGUGAAGGUGAAAAACUAGUUACCAGUCUUCAAUCAGCUGAAAAGAGCAUUGGUGAAAGUUUCAAUGGUGUAGGCUUGCAACUAUUCAGCAAUGGACAAGAGCUUCAUGCCGCGGAUGAAGUGGCCGAUGAUCUAUCGGACGAAGAAAACGAGGCCUCAAAUGGCAAAAACGUUGGUAGAAAAUCUUUGAGAAAACCAAGGAUUUAUGGUAAGUCAGUUCAAGAAGACGACGCGGAAAUUGAUGGUUUAGCUUCUGACGACGAAGGUGACAACGAUGCGUUUGACGAUGAUGAAGAUCAUCAACGCCGCCUUGUUGAAAUUGAUUUCAACUCUGGGAAGGGCGAGUCUAUCGAACCUCAAACAGAUUCUGAGUUCGAGCUGUCUGAUCACGAAGAAGAUGUUUGGUCCAGAAGUACAGCUUCUAAAUUACAGGGAACAAAAAAUAGACGCAGAAAGUGGGACAUCGGAAAGCUCAUUUACAUGGAUAAUGUCAGCCCUUCAACUUGCAUCAAGAGGUGGAGGGGUGUUGAGGAUGAUGAUGAAAACGAUGAAAACGCUGACGACGAGGAAGAGGACUUUUUUAGCAAGAAGGACGGUGCGAUUACAAAUAAAUCGGAAGCUGACGAUGAUCUUGAGAAGUUCAAGCCUCAUUUUGAAACCUUCAAAAAUUUGAUGUCCAAAUGGUCGAAUUUUGACUCUAUCAAGAGUAGACUAGUCGGUACGUCGAGACCAACUUCAACCAAUAAGGAGACUGAAGGCGGUGAUGGGGAUGAAGAAGUCUACGGUGAUUUCGAAGACCUCGAAGAAGAAGAGGGUCAAGAAUCAGCAGGCGAUGACGUCGACGAGGACUCCAAACAGGAUUCGGACGAUAACGAUAGCGAAAAGUCAUUUGCCGAUUUUGAAGAAGAGGAGAAAUUGGACCUUACCGUGGAGCAAGAGAGAGAACAAAACGCAGCUAAAAAGGAAAACAUGCGUCUUCAAUUUGAAAUGGAAGAAGGCGAGAAUUUCAAGGAAGAUGACCCCAACAAUGAGUUCGAUACAUGGUAUGAACUUCAAAAGGCAAAAAUGGCGAAACAGUUAGAAAUCAAUGCUGCUGAACUUGAGAGCAUGACGCCAGAACAACGUCAAAAAAUAGAAGGUUUUAGAGCCGGUUCCUACGUCCGGGUUGUGUUUGACGGCCUUCCAAUGGAGUUUGUUGAAAACUUUGAUCCUAAGUACCCUGUUAUCAUGGGUGGUCUGCUACCAACAGAAUUAAAAUUUGGCAUAGUUAAAGCCAGAAUAAGAAGGCAUCGUUGGCACAAGAAAAUCCUGAAGACAAACGAUCCUCUCGUGCUAUCUUUGGGUUGGAGAAGAUUCCAAACCCUACCAAUUUACACAACUAGUGACUCCAGAACGAGAAACAGAAUGCUAAAGUAUACACCUGAGCAUUCGUAUUGUUCUGCUAGUUUCUAUGGUCCACUUUGCUCACCCAACACUACGUUUUGUGGUGUUCAAGUUGUCGCGAACAGUGAUACUACUGGAAAUUUCAGAAUUUCCGCUACAGGUAUUGUGGAAGAAAUUGAUGCCACUGUAGAAAUUGUUAAGAAGUUGAAACUUGUUGGUUAUCCUUACAAGAUCUUCAGAAAUACCGCUUUCAUUAAGGAUAUGUUUUCCAGUGCUAUGGAAGUUGCCAGGUUCGAGGGUGCUCAAAUAAAGACUGUCUCAGGCAUUCGUGGUGAAAUUAAGAGGGCUCUGUCGAAACCUGAGGGUCACUUCAGAGCUACCUUUGAGGACAAAAUUCUUUUGAGUGACACCAUUAUUUUGCGUAGUUGGUAUCCAGUCCACAUUAAGAAGUUUUACAACCCUGUCACAUCUCUACUUCUACAAAAUAAAUCUGAAUGGAAGGGGCUUAGACUAACCGGUCAAAUCAGAGCAGCCAUGAAUUUGGAAACACCAACAAACCCGGACAGUGCGUACAAGAAAGUCGAGCGGGUAGAGAGACAUUUCAAUGGUUUGAAGAUCCCAUCUUCUAUCCAGAAGACGUUGCCAUUCAAAUCUCAAAUUCACCAAAUGAAACCUCAGAAGAAAAAGACCUACAUGGCCAAGAGAGCGGUUGUCUUGGGGGGAGAGGAGAAGAAGUCUCGUUCGUUCAUGCAAAAGGUAUUCACGAUUUCCAACGCCAAGGAUGAGAAGAAGAAAGCAAAGAAGCAAGAUGAGAGAAAGGAAAGACUAAAGAAACUAGCGAAACUGGAGGAAAUAAAGAUAGAAAAGGACAAGGAGCGUAAGAAGAAAUAUUUCUCCGAAAACGGAAGAAAGAGACAACACGCUGAUGCAGGUGGCGAUUCGGGUUCCCACAAACGUAGGUAA